GCGGGAUUCACCGAAACAUUGUUUUGUGAUAACAAAAAUUAAAUUAAUGCUGGGUACCGAGUAAAAAUGAUAAACGAUCAAUAAAAUAUUGAUUAGAGGGUAGACAGUGCGUGCUUUGUGUGUUCUAUCGUAACGCGAAAUGGCGUUCGUUCUCAGAUAAAGCGGAAACUUCGGGCCUUACGCACAGUGCUUGUCUAAAGUUACAAUAUUUCAUUGAAAGCAGAUAGUUAAAGUUCUCAGUGAAAAAUGGAUGAAUCCGAGACGAAGACUUGCACAAAUUGCAAGCGCGAGAUCCCAGCAGUGAACUACACCAUCCACACGGUUCACUGUGCGCGUAACAUCAAGAUCUGCCCGGUGUGCAAGGAGCCGGUGCCGCAAGCAGAGCUGCAGCAGCAUCAUGAGAAAAUGCACAAAUUGUUGCCCUGCAAGAAGUGUGGCGAAAGCGUCUGCGGAACAGACCUGGAGGACCACAUCAGGGAUUCCUGUGCGCACACCAUCAAGUCUUGCAGAUUUUGCGAGCUAGAGCUGCCCCGGCGGGAAUUACCAGCGCACGAGGGCUACUGCGGAGCUCGCACCGAGCAAUGCCCCGACUGCCGCGAGUGGGUCAUGAUCAAGUACCGGCAGCUGCACCGUGACUCCAACCACGGCUUCCUGCGCCUCGACGACGACCCAGUGCCCGUCCCUGCAGAGUCGACCAAGCUGCCCCGCGUUCCUAGGCUGAGCCCGCCGGCGGCUACUAAUGGCGCCUCCACCAGCGCGGCUGCUAGCGGCACCAAUGGAGUCCUCAAGAACUUCAAUGUGACUCAAGAGCGGCCUAGGACGGAGAACAGCCGGCCCCGCCCAGGGACCAGUACCAGUACCAGUUCGGAGCCCAUAGCGGGCGGGUCGCGUGCCCCCGACGCGAGGCUGCCGCUCAAGAGGACCAACGACCAGCCGCAGAUCAACACCAACGUGUCUGACGCUGAGAAGGUCAAGAAGGAGCUCCGGGCCCGUACGGGGUCUAGCUUGGGGCCCGUAGCGGGCGGGUCGCGUGCCCCCGACGCGAGGCUGCCGCUCAAGAGGACCAACGACCAGCCGCAGAUCAACACCAACGUGUCUGACGCUGAGAAGGUCAAAAAGGAGCUCCGGCCCCGUACGGGGUCUAGCUUGGGGCCCGUAGCGGGCGGGUCGCGGGCCCCCGACGCGAGGCUGCCGCUCAAGAGGACCAACGACCAGCCGCAGAUCAACACCAACGUGUCUGACGCUGAGAAGGUCAAGAAGGAGCUCGGGCGGGUCCCGUCCCCCGACGCGAGGCUGCCGCUCAAGAGGACCAACGACCAGCCGCAGAUCAACACCUACGUGUCUGACGCUGAGAAGGUCAAGAGGAAGCUCCGGCCCCGUACGGGGUCUAGCUUGGGGCCCGUAAAGGGCGGGUCUCGGGCGCCUAAUGCGAGGCUGCCGCUCAAGAGGACCAACGACCAGCCGCAGAUCAACACCAACGUGUCUGACGCUGAGAAGGUCAAGAAGGAGCUCUUGGAGCCUGAGGCUCAGAAGCUGCCGCUCAAGAGGACCAACGCCCAGCCACAGAUCAACACCAAUGUGUCUGAUGCUGAGAAGGUCAAGAAGAAGCUGGGCAUGUCCCGGGGCGCCGUGAAGAAGCGUCAGGCGCCGCAACCGCCGGCGCCGGAGCCGCGCCGCGACCGCGCCUACUACAGCGCCAUGCGGCGCCAGCAGGACGAGGAGCGCGCGCGCCGCGAGCAGAGCGCCGUCAACGCGGCGCAAGGUGAGGCCUGA